AUGGAGACUACAAAAAAGUGCAAACUGUCAGACUAGAUGAAAAUCCAAAUGAAUAGUUCCUUUUCAGAUGAAUUAGGCUGUAUGACAGAUGCAACUGAUGAGGAACAAGAUGACUUACCUUAUGAUGGAGAUGUAGGAAUAACCUGUAAAUACAAUAAUUCAGAUAAUUUCAAUGACUGUACUUGUACAAAAGGUAUUUCUGAUAUUUUAAACUUAGUCUGUUCUGAAGAUAACAAAAACAUAAAAGCAACAGCAAAUUAUGAAACUCAUCCACAGCCUGAAGAAUUCUGCAGUAACCACAGAGGUGCCAUAGGAACAACAGGAAUUUCAGUGGAAAUGCCUGGAAGUGAAGCCUCCUUUAAGGAAUUACCUGUUGGUGGUUUUAGUAAACCAGAUAGCAAAGAAGAUCUAACUCACUCAAAAAUAUCCAAUGUCCUUUUGCGUCAUUUUUCUAAGGGAGAAUUAAUAAGCGCAUGCCAGUUAAUUGAAUGCGAGACAAUACCAGAGACAUCCCUUACUGAAAGUAUCGAUGACACUGUGAACAAACCUGAGCCUUCAGAACAUGUCAAAGGCCCUUUAGCGCAUGAACAGUGUGCAACUAACUUUGAAGAAUAUGACUUAGAAAAGUAUGAGGAAGUAAACACUGGUGAUAAAAAGCAAACUUCGCUAAAUCAAAAUAGAUGUGUUUCAAGGAAAACUAUUUCUUUUACUGAUAAGUCUGGAUGCAGACAAGAAAAUUCACAAUUGAUUAAUGAGAAUGAAGAUACACACAUCUUUCAAAACAUGAAAGAAGAGAGCACCCCAUUUAAGAAAACAGAUUCGCCUCACAAGCUCAAAUAUGGCCAAGGUCAAGCUCCCUAUGGCUUUCCUGACUUCUCCAAAGUUGCUUCAGAAGUUGAAGUACCAAAAAGAAGUGACAAUAUUAACUCAGUUCCUACAAUUGAAAGAGCAAAAUCCUUCCCUAAUUUGCUAAGUAAAUCAGUAAUUGUGAACAACGUUCUAGAAAAUAAGAACUAUUUCGAUUCUGCUGAAGUAGCGAAUCGAGAAGAAAUGAGCAUUACAGAACUGUUGCAACAGCUAGAGACGCUGACACAUCAUGGUGACACCCAGAAUCGUAUUGACCAUCUGAGAUUGAAUCCUAAGAUACUUCCUCAGUCAGAUUUUCCAAAUGCCAGCAUUGCCAUUUACUCAGGGCAAGUUUUUACGUUACAUGCUGCUAUUGCUAUACCAUCCACACGUGGUUUGUCUAAAGCAAGAUUACAGUGUGGAACAACAGCAUCAGCAUUACCAGCAGCUGGUACAGUAGAAGCACACUGUCUAAAUCCUGCUAAUUUACUGCCAGAACUAACUCUAGGAGAAAAGAUGUCUCAAAUACUAAAGGAUCAGACAGAUCAACUGAUAAAAAAAGUGGAAGACUUCUCUAAGCAUAUGACCCAAGAGACAUUCCUUUUAGAAGACAACUAUCUGGCAUUAAAUCAAUUGAAAAGAUACCUUGAUGUCCUGGAAAGGAAUUACUUAACAGCUAGAGAAAAGCACCGUAACUUACAGCUGCAGAACUACAAGGACAAAUCUAUCAACGUUGGAGAGUUUGAUCCUGAAAGAAAGGUGGAAGGGGAAAUAUUUAGACUUGGCAUGCUGCUUGAAGACAUCCAAGAACAAACUGAUGACAGCAAAUGCAACUUGUCUUCUUUGCUUACUUCCUAUGAAUCUGACCACUCAUCAUAUUCUCUUUGUGAGAGCUCAGUAGUUUCAAACAUUGCUGAUCCUCCAGAAAGAAGAGGUAUUGAAAUUGCAUUUCUUCACAAGAACAAUGAGGAAGAAAAGAGUCAGACAACUGAUGUAAUCCCACAGACAAAUCAAUUUUCUUUAGAAGGUGACAAGUGCAAGCUUUGUCUUCACAUAAAUACAGACAUCCAGGGAAGGAAAACUGGAACAUGUUCACUCUUCAUUCAGAGGAAACCAACUGAUUUAUCAGAUACCAACCGGAGCAGCAAUUCAGAAGACAUCUCAGCCUAUGAUUCUUUUAAUGAUUCACAAAGCGAGGAACAUCUGAACUGCAAGACUGAAAGUUACAAAACAUUCAAUACAAGAUUACGUGGAGAGAGAAAAGGACUUAGAUGCAGAUACCCUAGAGGAAGCAGAGAUCAAUUUAGACUCGGGAAUUACGAAGACUCUAUUCAGUCUCGUGCCCUAUGUAGAAAUAAAAGUUCCGGUUCAUCCUCCUCAACGACUCCAGCUUAUUCACAGAAGAAAAUCUCCACUCAAAAGGCUCAAAAAAAUAAACAGCCACGUGAACUUGUAAACAGACUUUCUGAAAGGCAAAACUUUGAGGCUGCCAAAACCUGCUAUUCAAGCACAGAUGAUAAAAUUAUCCUUUCACAUCAAUGCUUACCUAGCAAGAAGUCUGCCCGAAGCAAAUCUGCAAUCAACAUCAGAAACAGAAGUACAAAUGAUUCCAAUGCAAAUGUUUUAAGUUCUACUCUGGAUCAUGCCAUACAGACAGCGAACAGUUUGAAGAAAGCUACAGAACGAAUGAUACAAGCAGUUUCAGAAGACCUAGCUAAAGUUAAAAGAAAACAGCUUUAAUUACCCAGUUUCCAAUGC